AUGACAGCUGAGCUGUCUGAUAAAAUACCACCUAAGAGUGCGUCUACUGAUAUCGAAGGUGAGGGUAUUACAUCAUUUUUUGAGACGAACAAGAGCAACCAGAGUAGUAUUGAAGUAUCUCAAGAUACUUGCAAAGAAGAUACCUCCUUCAGAUCCCGCGUUGCAAGACUUAGUAUAUGUGAGGAUGGUAAUUCAAAGGCCGUAAUUAUGCAAAACCUCCAAAAUAAUGUUUCAGAAGAAGCGAUAGAUGAUGGCAACAAUGUUCGUCUGAAGACAGGUUCUAAAAGAAGAAGAAGGAGAUCCAGUGCAGUAUCAGCUCCGACUUUGGGAAAUUCAAGUGGGAGUAGCAGUAGUAUAUCGUCCACAUCUUCCAUCACAGUCCCUAAAAAGAAGAAAAAAGCAUUACAGCCUGCUUUUUUAAGGAUCAAUAAAAGAGCUGUCAAAAAGAGAGUAUCCAUGAAAGAUUUACGUGAUCUUGUACUUUAUGUUUUUCAAGACACUAACAACUCUCCUUCAUGGCUACAAAUUGAUAACCGAGCGUCGGUGAAAAAAAUGAUCGUUCUCUUUGUACCCGGCUUACAGCCAGAAGAUUUCGGUCUUCCUGAGGGAUCUCGAUUUAGUGAUCAUGAAGAUCAAUUACAAUCACUACGUCUUACUUCUUUAGAGGACGAAUCGUUGAAAGAUGGCUUCCAGUGUGCUCCACUCUCCGCACCAGGCUCGAAGAGCUCUCUUUUUAGCGCUUACAAUUCAUUUGUGAACGUAGGGCUUUCUAAAAAAGAAAAGGAAGACCGGAAAGAAGAAUUAAGCAAGAAAAAAAUUACAUUGACAGAUUUGAUAUGCUCACUUGAUCAGUUAAUUGAAAAUGAGUAUCCAAUACAUUUGGAGACGUUAGGUAUCUUUGGGGAGACAAAAGCAGCUUUAAUUCGAAAGCAUGUUGAGGAUGGUGACGAUUGGGUUAAUACUAAAAAGUUUGACCACAACGGGUCACACACUUUCGCAUUGGACUGUGAAAUGUGUAUGUCGGAGGAUGGUUUGGUUUUAACGAGAGUAAGCAUUGUUGACUUUGAUAACAACCUUGUAUACGAUAAACUUGUGAAGCCAACAGUUCCUAUAACGGAUUACUUAACAAAAUACAGUGGCAUAACCGAAGAAAAACUCCGUGGCGUCACGACAACAUUGAAAGAUGUACAAGAAGAUAUUCUUGGCAUGAUAAGCCAAGAUGACAUUCUCAUAGGUCAUUCCCUCCAAUCGGACCUCAAUGUUCUGAAAUUAAGGCACCCACGGAUUGUUGAUACCGCACUCAUCUACGAGCAUAAAGCGGGCCCCCCAUUUAGGCCCGCCCUGAAAUACUUGGCUUCAGAAUACCUCAAUACGCGUAUUCAAUGCGAUGAUGGAAAGGGUCAUGAUUCUUUUGAAGAUGCAAGAACAUGCAUGGAAUUAACAAAACUCAAAAUUGUGAACGGUUUGGCUUUUGGAGUUGGUAUAAACACAGAAAAUUUGUUUCACAGACUGGCAAGGCAUGGGGUAAGGUCUAUGUGUUUAAAUGAUUAUGCGCCCAAACGGAGCUCACUAAAUGUGAGUGAGGAUAUGGAAGUGAACGUGAGGUGCCAAAAUGACGAUGAAAUAGUGGAACAUAUUACACAACGUAUUAACGAUUAUAGCUUAUUUGUGGGUAGGUUGAGGGAUCUAGAGUAUGCACGGAAAUUUGCGGUGCCACCUCCUUCUAUUGAUGUAUCCGAUUUAGCUGAUGCUCGUGAAAAUUUGGGCAAGAGAAUAACGAGUAUAUAUGAAGGUUGUCCUGCAUCGACGAUUAUAUUGAUAUGUUCGGGAACUGGAGAUACCAGAGAUUGGAUUAAAAUCAUGUCAGAUUUGAAUAAACUAAACAGAGAGGAUAGGAUUGAGGAGAAAAAGAAGAGAGAGGAAGAGAUUCAUAAAGCUGUUUUCAAGGCAAGGGACGCCAUUUCUCUUCUAACAAUAAAACAGGAGAACUCGGAAUCGGCUUGA